UCUCGGGCAAGGUACUUAGAAUUUGCCUGAGAUGCGCGCGAAAAUCCAAGUCUCUUCAACUUAUUCGGUCGCGGUUCGUCGCGUGUCCAGCCUUCCUUCUUCUCCGUUGCGGUUUCCUGUCUUUCUAUCAGCUACGAGCCACGGGUACGAACGUUUCUGCCCCUAAAAAAAAAGUUGAGCGCUUAAUUCGAUAAUCCAUCGCGACGACACCACAACAACAUCACCACCAUCGCGCCAUACUAUUGAUUCGUUCGCCAACCACCUAUCCUAUUUGCGGGUCGUUGUGCACUAGCGGCGCCAAUUCGCAAUUUGAUUUAUAACAUACAAAUUUGGAACGAAUCGAUACGAUACGACAGGACGAUUGGCGAACCGAAAGUGUUUUUCCCUCUACCCCCAUCAUUGUCAAGUCAAGUGGGAUCCCUCACUCCAUGUGAGGCUUCAACUUAAUUAUGGCAACUCAACAAGAUGCAGAACCAGCUCCAUCGAGCGCCACCCCUGCCGGCGCAGCCUCUACCACCUCAAAAUCUGAUCAUUCGGCAACAUCAACACCUAAGAACAAACCCGAUGCGCCGGACGAUGCAAACUCCAACGACCACCCGGGUCGCGACAAAGAUGCAUUCAAACAAGUUCUGAUUGCACAGGCCAUCGCUCGAGACCACAUACAUUCCGCUGCUAUGGUUAGCGAUAAAGACCGGCAAAAUGAGCACAACAAAUACCAGUUCAAGUUGAUCAACGAUUAUAAGCUCUUGCGUAAUGACUACCGGAUGAUAUUCACGCCUAGUAGACUUUAUGGUGAAGGAUAUGCUGGCUACGGUAACGGGCGAACGGAAAUUGGUCCACAAGCGCGGUUAACGUAUCCUGGUUUUAAACCGAGGCCUGGUAAACGACAAGCACCGACUCUGAAAUGGAAGCGGAAGGAUAUGAAGCAGCAGGCAGAGCAGCAUGAAGAAUUGGUUCCUGUUCGGUUAGAUGUGGAUUGGGACAAAAUCAAGCUGCGCGACACCUUUACGUGGAAUCUUCACGAGAGAAUUGUCGGCGCUGAGCUGUUCGCUGCGCAUUUGGUAGAGGAUAUGGGACUCAAGGCCCCCGCCGCUCAACCCGUUUUCGACCAAGUCAUCCAGCAGAUGCACGAGCAACUCGCCGAUUUUUACCCUUUCGUAUUCUCCGACGAGGAUGCCUUAGAUCCGGAACUUCCCUAUUCGGCAUGGAAAAACGACGAGAUGCGAAUAUUGGUCAAGUUAAAUAUUACCAUCGGACAGCAUACACUAGUGGAUCAGUUUGAAUGGGAGAUCAACAAUCCCCUUAACUCUCCCGAAGAGUUUGCUGCAAGUAUGGCAAAGGACCUCGCGCUUUCUGGGGAGUUCACGACGGCCAUUGCUCACUGCAUCCGGGAGCAGACGCAAUUAUUUACCCGAAGCUUGUACAGCAUCGGACAUCCGUUUGAUGGCAGACCAAUCGAGGAUCCAGAUCUGGUCAUGGCCUUUCUCCCGUCACCUCUACCUACAGUAUUCCGACCACAACAGCAAGCGAAGGAAUAUGCGCCAUAUCUAUACGAGCUUAGCGAGGCGGAUCUGGAGAGAAAUGAAAUGGUAUUCUCCCGAGAGCAGAGAAGACAGAAGAGAUCCAUAAAUAGACGGGGUGGCCCGUCCUUGCCUGAUCUUAAGGAGAGGCAACGGACUAUUCGCACCCUUGUCGUAUCAUCCACAUUACCUGGCGCGGCAGAAAACGUGGAAGAUAGUAGACUCUAUAAGAGAGUCGCAGGAGCGCCGGGCACAGGCCGAAGAAGAGGACCAGGCGCACGGGAUGGUGACAUCUCUGAGUCUGAAUCGAGUGAUGAUUCAGGUCCCGAUUCGCCCGCAGCUUCACAGCUGACCGGUACGGCUCGAACAAGAGGCAUGAGAGGUGCUGCGACCGCCGCGCAACAGCGAAUGGCGAACCUCGGCCGCUCUGAAACUCCCGAGGCCACGAUACAUCAUCAUGAAACCCGGACAUCUAGAAGAUUUGGACGCGAACUAACUAGGGAAGAUACCGAAGAACCUCAUCAACUCCAUGUAACUUUACGGGUUUCGAACAGAGAAAAGCUACGGAAAAUCCUAUUACGUGAUUCUAGAUUGAAGCAAGGUACACCAGGCAGAUCACAGACACCUCAAACUCACGCCCGUGGCCAUAGCGCCUCUGCUUCGAAUAGCAUGCCACCUCCUUCUACACCGAACGCCACGACAUUAGCAAUCCCAGCGACAACACCUAAUAGCAGUAUACCCCCAGGACAGAUCGGUCGAGUCGAAGCCCCAGCGCCGAUCCCCGGGGCUGCUCCUCCAGUUCCCCCACCUCCCCCUACAUGGCUCGUCGCGGCCCUUGAUAAAUUCAAGCAGGAACCGGCAUAUGCGAAGGAUAGGUUUGAAGGAGUCAUGCGAUAUAGCGCCGUCGACUCCAAUACAGGCGCACCGGUUCCAUUACCACAGCAAGGCGAGCAGGGCCCACCGAAUCUACGAUAUUACUUCCUCCCGCGAAUCCGGUGUCUCGAUUGUCCGGGUAAGCUAUACACACCAGGACCCGAUAUCACCGCAUCCAAUUUCGAGGUUCACCUGAAAAACAAGGUCCACAAGGAGAAAGUCGAACUCCGAAUAGCGGCGGAAAGUGGCAAACCGAGCGGGGCCGCGUAAUCUUCUCGAGUAACACAGGAUUUAGCUACAUGGAUUCCCUUCGACGGCGAAAAAACGGAGCGGAAGAUAUCACCAGGACUGCGAGACGUAAAGACAUGGCGGGUAACGGAGUUAUGUGUUCAAAGGUUUUUUCUAUGGUUUUUAUCGAUCUGAGGAACGAUCCGAUCUAACCUAGAUGUUGGGCAACGUCUCGACCAAAUUAUUUAUUUCUUCUAUUUUUUGGUCGGUGGGCGCGGGGAGUUUGUUAAAUAUGUGUGCCAGCUACUAAAGGGAAGCGCGGAGUUUGUACCAAUAUCAACACCGUAUAAUAAGCCUUCUCUAUCUACAUAGAGAACCCCCAUAUUCUGAAAGUCUAACAAUUGAUCCUAUUUAAGACAUUUAC